CUAAAACAAUUAAAUUUUAGUUGCUUAGGCAAAGCUUUUUAAAGGCGUUUGGAGGAAAGGAUACUAGAGUUGACCAAUCAAGUCAAGUAGCAACUGAUCUAUGAAGGACUGGAGAGGCGAAAGAUCGGUUUUUUCAGCAUUAUUCCUAUCGGCACCAAAACUGCCAAGGUUAUCGAGAAAGUUUUGCUAGCCCUCAAUGGCACAUUGAGCCAAAUCGCCUUCCGUGUGACAACCAUGGAUGUCUCGGACUUGACCAUGAGAAUUGAAAGGUUGUCUACUUAUGACUAGCACAAGGCCGCCACAAGCAACUUUUGAAGGUUUGUAAAAUGAAAAUAAUCAAAUUAUCUUUUAUCCGUUAUAUAAGGUUUAAUGUUAUCAGGAAAGGUGAUUUGAUGAAGGUUAUACGAAGCCACUACGUAUUGUUUCUCGAAUGGUUAGUCUGCUAUGGUUCGUGAUGUUGGUCUGGAGGAUAAAGAUGUUAUUGUUUUCCAUGUUGUUGAUGCUCAGAUGCUAAAGUUCACUCAUUUUAAGGCUGAUUGUCUUUCCGGUGUUAAAAACAAGUUUUUUUGUAGAGAUGUUAUUUCCCGAGAACGGUAACUUGGUAAUUUAUACUUUACUACUUAGGAUGAAGAACCAACUGACCUUUUUAUUGACGAUUGCAUUAAUUCUUUAUUUAGUGGUUGCCGAAAGAGUUUAUGAACAGGUAUUUCAAAACCGACACUUUGGACGAUAACUUUACAAUUCGUUUUGGAGGUACAUACAUGUGGAAUGUCAAAGUGAAUAGGCUCUGGGGAUCGAACUACUUCAUUCAAGAUUUCUCACAAAUCAACAAAGAACUUCAUCUCAUAUCAGGUGACGUAAUCGUUUUUGAGUUGGUUGCGAUACGUAUUUUCAACAUUCUGGUUUUCCGUCCUAAUGGAAUAUAGUUUGUUGUUCCCGAGGUUGCCAAUAGUGUUGGUGUUGAAGAAGAGGAAGACACAUAACAAAUGGAUGUUAGUGAAGAUUUGUUAUUAGACGACGAAAAUCAAGACAUGGAAGAUGACAUUGUAGACGUUGAACAUGAUGUGCCAGUCAUUGUAGCGGAUCCUGUGUUGGAACCAGACUUUGUUGACGUUCCACAUAUUCCGGCCAUUGUUCAUCAAGCCAACCAAUACGAACUAACAUGGUGUCCAUCUUUUCGUUUUACUGUAAUGCAGCGGUUCCUAAAGGCAUUUGCAGCAAAUGUAGAUAUGUCUGUCCUUGAUGAGAUGGUAGUUCAAACUGAAGACAGGUUUUCAAUGACACUAGAGAUCCGGCAAGAAACGACACGUUGGAAAAUGUUGCAGGCUGGGUUGGAAAAUGGAGCUCAGUUUUUGCUGCGAUAUUAUAGGGAUCAAAACAUGUUGGAAUUCUUAAUCCGAACCCCUAGGUGAUGUAUCUAUGGACAGAUAGCGUCAGAAGUAAACAACUAAUAUCGUUACCAAGCAUGUCGUAUGUGUGGUAACAGUUUUGGAACAAUUAUUACUAUAUAUGUUUUGUUUACAAAAACUUAAUGUGUAACGAAUAUUAUGUCGAUGUACUUUUGGGACGUGCUCAAUUGUCUCAAAAUAUUAGG